UCAGUGAAGUCAGCAGUGGGGCCAUCACCAGAGUGGCACAUCAAUGAGCACCAUAAACUGCAGCUCCUCCUCUUCUUCAAGGGGAUGAAGAUGUUUGUCUGGCAGUGAGAUAUGAUUUUUGCUGACAAAACAUCACCUUGAAAAAUAACCUGAACUGGCUGUGGAAAUCCCCCUUUGUCAACUAGCAAUGAUUGAUGAAUCUGAUUUCCUGGUCAAAAAUAAUAAAUCACAAUUACAGUCACAUAGAAAAAAAACAUUCAUCUGUGCUAGAAACUACUCCUGAGAACAUGACCUGGCUGUGGGAAUUCCCCUUUGCCAGCCAGCCGUCUGAUUUCCUGGUCAUGUCACAAAGCAGCCACACAAACAGACCAGGACAUUAUCAUAAACUGCAGCUCCUUUUGAUGUUGAGAUAUGAUUCAUGCUGACAUUUUGACAAAUAACACAACCUUGACCCCGGACUACUUAAAAAAAAAAAAAAGAAGAAGAAGAUAAACAUAAACCACGCCUCAUUUACAAUUCUGUUUGUUUGAUAAAUAUCUGCAUCACUUGGUAACAUGCAACCAGGCUAUAUAUUUGAGAGCAGGAACACACGGUACACAAGGAGAAGAGAAGAGGAGAAGAAGAAUCGUCUAGUUUCAGCAUGAAGACUUCUGGAGCUCUACUGGUGCUGCUGUGCUGCUGUUUGGCUGAGACGCAGAUCAGAGGAGAGACCAUCAGUGAAAAGGACAUCACUCACCAGGACCACUAUGGUGAAGCAGAGACCAGAGAGAAUGAGGUUAUGGGUGCAGCAGAGACAACUGAAGCUGCUGCCACAGCCUCCAUCCAACAAACAUGCCAUUCUGACAUUCACAGUGUCCUGAGAGAGAUUAGCGCAUUGAUGGCGGAACAGAGAGUGGAGCUCAGAUACACUAAGACACAAAUAGAGGCCAUGGAGACCAGACUGAGAGCCAGUGAGAAUAAAGCAGAGACUGUGGAGACCAAAAUGAGAGCCAGUGAGAAUAAAGCAGAGACUUUGGAGACAAGACUGAGAGCCAGUGAGGAUGAAAUAAUGAAUCUGCAGAAAAGGAAUCAAGAGAGAAAAGUGUCUUUUUCAGUCUCACUGGAAACAAACACACAGAGAUACACAGGACCCUUCAAUGCUGGAACAACCCUGGUCUACAAACACAUUAUUACCAACAUUGGCAAUGUGUACAGCUCCACCACAGGGUUCUUCACAGCUCCGGUGAAGGGAGUGUAUGACUUCAGUUUUUACGUCUUAGGGGAAGGCAGCACUAUUGCUGUGGGAGCAUUUCUCCGCAGGAAUCGGCAGAACCUCGUGAUGGCGUACACCAGACUAGGCAGUAGUUGGAUGAACGCAUCUAAUGGUGUCAGUGUGCUGUUGGAGGUGGGAGAUGUGGUGGAUGUUUUCCUGCCUGCCAAUCAUAGGAUAUUAGAUAACGCAAACCAUCACAGCACCUUCAGAGGUCACCUGCUGUUCCCCGUCUAACAGACACUGCAGUCAUUCAGCUGACUAAUUAGGAAGUGUGUUACCUGUAUUACCAAAAGGGAUAAAACACAAACACACACACACACACACACACACACACACACACACACACA